AAGAAUCUCUAUACUGUAUUUUCUCGUGAAAAAAAGAAAGAUUUACGCGGGAAAUAUCGAAAAUUGCGCCGCUUACUUAAACUAUUGGACCCCCUUCCACUAUGCUCGGUCGCCCCCUAAUGUUUUGAUGUCCUUGCAGAAAGUAGAGCAAUACAGCAUGGCGGACACAUUUGAAGGUGUACAUUGACAGGAUUUUCUCAUGGUGGACGAUGCGGGGACCGUUCAUUUGUUUGAAAUAUUAGUUGGGGAAGAUUAUGGCGAGUACUAGGCGCCGUGUCAAGCUAUAUACGCUGAACGAAGACCGGCAGUGGGAUGACCGUGGUACAGGGCACGUGUCUUCGUCGUAUGUUGAACAUUUACAGGGGAUGUCGAUCAUGGUUCUAUCCGAAGAAGACGGUUCAAUUCUACUCGAGUCAAAGAUACAACCUCAUACUGCCUAUCAGAAACAGCAGGAAACUCUAAUUGUGUGGUCAGAGGGCGACAACUACGAUCUGGCGCUCAGCUUUCAAGAGAAAGCUGGAUGCGACGAAAUUUGGGAAAAAAUUUGCCAGAUUCAAGGCAAAGAUCCGUCCGUAAGUAUCACUCAAGACAUUCCCGAAGACGAUGACUCGGAGGAACGAUUUGAAGAAGUUUUGGAUUCGACAGGUCCAAUUGAAUUACCGCCCUGUGAACUUAGUAAACUUGAGGAAAUCGCGGAGUUAUUUAACAGCGUAUUGCCUUCACCUAUCCGCCGGGAAAAAUUGGCACUGGCGAUUGAACAAGACAAUUACAUCAGGAAGUUGUUGGAUUUGUUUCACAUCUGCGAAGAUUUAGAAAACUUGGAUGGACUACAUCACUUGUACGAUAUUUUUAAGUCGUUGUUUUUUAUGAACAAGCCUUCGUUACUGGAGAUUAUGCUCGCCGAUGAUCUUGUGUUCGACGUAGUGGGCUGUUUAGAAUACGACCCUUCUAAAGCUUCUCCUCAGAGGCAUCGAGCAUUUUUAAAGGAGAGCGCGAACUUCAAAGAAAUUAUUCCCAUAACGAACUCGGAUGUAAUAAACAAGAUUCAUCAAACGUAUCGUGUACAGUACAUUUACGAUGCAAUUCUGCCUCCGCCGUCGGUUUUUGAGGAUAACAUGCUGGCUUCAGUUAAUUCGUUCAUACUUUUUAAUAGGAUAGAAAUUGUCACACAUCUGCAGGAGGAUGAUAAAUUUUUAGCAGAUAUGUUCCUGCAACUCACAGAUGAAGAUACAUUGGACGAUAGAAGAAAACAACUGAUAAAUUUUUUGAAAGAAUUGGUCAGUUUUUCCAUUCACUUGCAACUUCAUCAGAAAGAUGAAUUUUUUAAGGCACUUGCACACCAUGGAUUACUCCCUGCAAUGGAAUUGCUUCUUGUUAGUGACUGUGAAGAAAACAGGCUGUCGGCUGUGGAAAUGUUCUCACAGGUUGUUGACAUUAGCCCAUACCUUGUCAGAGAUUUCAUCAUGAAGGAGGCUCAAACACAGGAAGAGGACAUGCUGAUCAAUCAUAUUAUAGAUUUCAUGAUUUGUGAUGGUGACACAGGAAAUGCAUAUCAACUCUCUCAACUGAUCAGAACCUUACUUGAUCCAGAAAACAUGGCAUUAGGAGCAAAUAAAAUGGAGAAGUCUGAAUUCUUGAGUUUCUUCUACAAGCACUCUAUGCAUGUUUUGACAGCCCCUCUCUUUGCUGCAACCUGUGAUGACAGACCAAGCAAAGAUGACUAUGUCAAUAGCGUGACACUUGGACACAUUCUGGAACUGCUAACAUUCUUUGUUGAACACCACACAUACCACAUAAAAAACUACAUCAUUAGUAAAGAUCUGCUCAGAAGAGUUUUGGUGCUAAUGAAGUCACAACACAAGUUUUUAGUUUUAAGUGAGUUAUAAUUUAGUCACAAGUUUAGACUGAUUGUUUUGUCUUUUCAUUCCAGCUAGAGCUGAAUGGAAGAAUGGUGGUUCUGCUCUUGUAAAAUGAUCUAUUAAUAGUAUUUUAGAAAGUAUCCCAGAGAAAAUAUGGGCAUUGAUUGGUACAAAAUUGUGUUUCUGUAACUUGAUAGAAACACAAAUUAGCAAGAGCUGUUGAUGUAAUGAUGGCAG